CCGUGCCCGCCCGCCCGCCCGCCCGCCCACCUACCUUUCCGCCGCUCCAGAGGGGGCUCGCAGAGCUGAGGACGCGCGCGGCGCUGCUCAAGGUCUCUCUCUCAGCACCCUCGCCGGCCGGCAUCUGACACGGGUGCCAGGGGGCUCCGGGCGCCUUUCAGCAUCCCUUCCCCAGGCCGGCCGGUACUCCGCUACCCAGACGCCGCCGCUGCGGCCACCGCCCGAGGGGACCUGCGGACAGGACGCCGGCAGGAGGAGGGGUGCGCAGCGCCUGCCCAGAGCGUCUCCCCCGCGGCGCGGCCAGACCCGGGCCUCCCGGCCCCAGGUGCCCCCGCUGUCUCGCCAAGUGUAUGGGACUGAAGUUCUUGGAGAAGGAAGCCCAACUCUUGAAGGUGAACUAUGACCACUUUACUCUUGGUGUUUGUGACUCUGAGGGUCAUCGCAGCAGCCAUCUCAGUAGAAGUUUCAGAACCUGACAACUCGCUGAGUGUCAGCAUCCCUGAACCGUCCCCGCUGCGGGUCCUCCUGGGGAGCUCCCUCACCAUCCCCUGCUACUUCAUCGACCCCAUGCACCCCGUGACCACCGCCCCCUCCACUGCCCCCCUCGCCCCGAGAAUCAAGUGGAGCCGCAUUUCCAAGGAGAAGGAGGUGGUGCUGCUGGUGGCCACUGAAGGGCGGGUGCGGGUCAACAGCGCCUACCAAGACAAGGUCACGCUGCCCAACUACCCCGCCAUCCCCAGCGAUGCCACCCUGGAAAUCCAGAACCUGCGCUCCAAUGACUCCGGGAUCUAUCGCUGCGAGGUGAUGCACGGCAUCGAGGACAGCCAGGCCACCCUGGAGGUUGUGGUGAAAGGCAUCGUGUUCCAUUACAGAGCCAUCUCCACGCGCUACACCCUGGACUUUGACAGGGCUCAGCGGGCCUGCCUGCAGAACAGCGCCAUCAUCGCCACACCCGAGCAGCUGCAGGCCGCCUAUGAGGACGGCUUCCACCAGUGCGACGCAGGCUGGCUGGCCGAUCAGACUGUCAGGUACCCCAUCCACACUCCAAGGGAAGGUUGCUAUGGAGACAAGGAUGAGUUUCCUGGUGUGAGAACCUAUGGCAUCCGUGACACCAAUGAAACCUAUGAUGUGUACUGCUUCGCGGAGGAGAUGGAGGGCGAGGUCUUCUAUGCAACAUCCCCGGAGAAGUUCACCUUUCAGGAGGCAGCCAACGAGUGCCGGAGGCUGGGCGCCCGGCUGGCCACCACGGGCCAACUCUACCUGGCCUGGCAAGGCGGCAUGGACAUGUGCAGCGCCGGCUGGCUAGCUGACCGCAGCGUGCGAUACCCCAUCUCCAAGGCCCGGCCGAACUGCGGGGGCAACCUCCUGGGAGUGAGGACCGUCUACCUGCACGCCAACCAGACAGGCUACCCUGACCCUUCAUCCCGCUACGACGCCAUCUGCUACACAGGUGAAGACUUUGUAGACAUCCCAGAAAACUUUUUCGGGGUGGGCGGCGAGGAGGACAUCACCAUCCAGACGGUGACCUGGCCUGACGUGGAGCUGCCCCUGCCCCGAAACAUAACCGAGGGUGAAGCCCGAGGCAACGUGAUCCUCACGGCGAAGCCCGACUUUGAAGUCUCUCCCACCGCCCCGGAACCCGAAGAGCCUUUCACGUUUGUCCCUGAAGUAAGGGCCACUGCAUUCCCCGCAGUGGAGAACAGGACUGGAGAGGCCACCCGGCCCUGGGCCUUUCCCGGAGAGUCCACGCCCGGCCUGGAAGCCCCCACGGCCUUCACCAGCGAGGACCUCGUCGUGCAGGUGACCUUAGCCCCAGGUGCAGCCGAGGUCCCUGGGCAGCCACGACUGCCAGGGGGAGUCGUGUUCCACUACCGCCCGGGCUCCUCCCGCUACUCACUGACCUUUGAGGAGGCCAAGCAGGCCUGCCUGCGCACCGGGGCCGUCAUUGCUUCGCCCGAGCAGCUCCAGGCCGCCUAUGAAGCAGGCUACGAGCAGUGUGACGCCGGCUGGCUGCAGGACCAGACAGUCAGAUACCCCAUUGUGAGCCCGCGGACCCCCUGUGUGGGUGACAAGGACAGCAGCCCAGGGGUCAGGACCUACGGCGUGCGGCCACCAUCAGAAACCUACGAUGUCUACUGCUACGUGGACAGACUCGAGGGGGAGGUGUUCUUUGCCACACGCCUGGAGCAGUUCACCUUCCGGGAAGCCCAGGAGUUCUGUGAAUCCCAAAACGCCACGCUGGCCACCACGGGCCAGCUCUACGCUGCCUGGAGCCGCGGUCUGGACAAGUGCUACGCCGGCUGGCUGUCCGACGGCAGCCUCCGCUACCCCAUUGUCACCCCGAGGCCCGCCUGCGGCGGCGACAAACCAGGCGUGAGAACCGUCUACCUCUACCCCAACCAGACGGGCCUCCUGGAUCCGCUGUCCCGGCACCACGCCUUCUGCUUCCGAGGUGUUUCAGUGGCGCCCUCUCCAGGAGAAGAGGAGGGUAGCACACCCACCGCAGGCCCUGACGUGGAGGAUUGGAUCGUGACCCAAGUGGGGCCUGGCGUGGCUGCUGUCCCCGUCGGGGAGGAGACGACUGCAACCUCAGGCUUCACCAUUGAGCCAGAAAACAAGACGGAAUGGGAACUCGCCUACACCCCAGCGGGCACUUUCCCACUACCAGGGAUCCCUCCUACAUGGCCUCCCACUGGCGCAGCAACAGAAGAGCACACAGAAGGCCCUUCUGCAACGGAAGUGCCCUCAGCCUCAGAGAAGCCGUUCCCCUCAGAGGAACCAUUCCCCCCAGAGGAACCAUUCCCCUCAGAGAAACCAUUCCCCCCAGAGGAACUGUUCCCUUCAGAGAAGCCGUUCCCCUCAGAGAAGCCAUUCCCCUCAGAGAAGCCGUUCCCCUCAGAGGAACCAUUCCCCUCAGAGGAACCAUUCCCCUCAGAAAAACCAUUCCCCCCAGAGGAACUGUUCCCCUCAGAGAAGCCAUUCCCCUCAGAGGAGCCAUUCCCCUCAGAGAAGCCAUUCCCCCCAGAGGAACCAUUCCCCUCAGAGAAACCAAUCCCCUCAGAGGAGCCUUUCCCCUCAGAGAAGCCAUUCCCCUCAGAGGAGCCAUUCCCCUCAGAGGAGCCAUCCACACUUUCAGCCCCAGUGCCCAGCAGGACUGAGCUGCCAAGCUCUGGGGAGGCAUCUGGGGUGCCCGAAGUCAGUGGUGACUUCACAGGCAGUGGAGAAAUUUCAGGACACCUAGACUUCAGUGGGCAGCCCUCAGGGGAAAGUGCAAGUGGACUGCCCUCUGAAGACCUUGACUCCAGUGGGCUCACCUCUACAGUGGGCUCAGGCCUGCCUGUGGAAAGUGGACUGCCUUCAGGGGAAGAAGAGAGAAUUACAUGGACCAGUGCUCCUGAAGUUGACAGGUUGCCCUCUGGGGGUGAGGGCCCAGAAGUUUCUGCUUCUGGAGUAGAGGACAUCAGUGGACUUCCUUCUGGAGGAGAGGUUCAUCUAGAGAUCUCUGCCUCUGGAGUAGAGGACAUCAGUGGACUUCCUUCUGGAGGAGAGGUUCAUCUAGAGAUCUCUGCCUCUGGAGUAGAGGACAUCAGUGGACUUCCUUCUGGAGGAGAGGUUCAUCUAGAGAUCUCUGCCUCUGGAGUAGAGGACCUCAGUGGACUUCCUUCUGGAGAAGAAGGUCAUCUAGAGAUCUCUGCCUCUGGAGUAGAAGACCUCAGUGUAAUUCCUUCUGGAGAAGGUCCUGAAGUCUCUGUUUCUGGAGUAGAGGACCUCAGUGGACUUCCUUCUGGAGAAGGUCCAGAAGUCUCUGUUUCUGGAGUAGAGGACCUCAGCGGACUUCCUUCUGGAGAAGGUCCUGAAGUCUCUGUUUCUGGAGUAGAGGACCUCAGCGGACUUCCUUCUGGAGAAGGUCCAGAAGUCUCUGUUUCUGGAGUAGAGGACCUCAGCGGACUUCCUUCUGGAGAAGGUCCUGAAGUCUCUGUUUCUGGAGUAGAGGACCUCAGCGGACUUCCUUCUGGAGAAGGUCCAGAAGUCUCUGUUUCUGGAGUAGAGGACCUCAGCGGACUUCCUUCUGGAGAAGGUCCUGAAGUCUCUGUUUCUGGAGUAGAGGACCUCAGCGGACUUCCUUCUGGAGAAGGUCCAGAAGUCUCUGUUUCUGGAGUAGAGGACCUCAGCGGACUUCCUUCUGGAGAAGGUCCAGAAGUCUCUGCCUCUGGAGUAGAGGACCUCAGCAGACUUCCUUCUGGAGAAGGUCCAGAAGUCUCUGCCUCUGGAGUAGAGGACCUCAGUGUUCUUCCUUCUGGAGAAGGUCAUCUAGAGAUCUCAGCCUCUGGAGUAGAGGACCUCAGUAGACUUCCUUCUGGAGAAGGUCCAGAAGUCUCUGCCUCUGGAGUAGAGGACCUUGGUGUUCUUCCUUCUGGAGAAGGUCAUCUAGAGACCUCUGCUUCUGGAGUAGAGGACCUCAGUAGACUUCCUUCUGGAGAAGGUCAUCUAGAGAUCUCUGCCUCUGGAGAAGAGGACCUCAGUAGACUUCCUUCUGGAGAAGGUCCAGAAGUCUCUGCCUCUGGAGUAGAGGACCUCGGUGUUCUUCCUUCUGGAGAAGGUCAUCUAGAGACCUCUACCUCUGGAGUAGAGGACCUCGGUGUUCUUCCUUCUGGAGAAGGUCAUCUAGAGACCUCUACCUCUGGAGUAGAGGACCUCAGUAGACUUCCUUCUGGAGAAGGUCAUCUAGAGACCUCUACCUCUGGAGUAGAGGACCUCAGUAGACUUCCUUCUGGAGAAGGUCAUCUAGAGACCUCUACCUCUGAAGUAGAGGACCUCAGUAGACUUCCUUCUGGAGAAGGUCAUCUAGAGACCUCUACCUCUGGAGUAGAGGACCUCAGUAGACUUCCUUCUGGAGAAGGUCCAGAAGUCUCUGCCUCUGGAGUAGAGGACCUUGGUGUUCUUCCUUCUGGAGAAGGUCAUCUAGAGAUCUCUGCCUCUGGUGUAGAGGACCUCAGUAGACUUCCUUCUAGAGGAGAGGAUCAUCUAGAGACUUCUGCUUCUGGAGUAGGGGACCUUAGUGGACUUCCUUCUGGAAGGGAAGGUCUGGAGAUCUCUGCUUCUGGAGCUGGGGAUCUUAGUGGGUUGAUUUCUGGAAAAGAAGACUUGACUGAGUCAGCUUCUGGAGACUUGGACCUUGGCAGAAUACCUUCUGUAACUCUAGGAAGUGGGCAAGCUCCAGAAGCAAGUGGUCUUCCUUCUGGAUUUAGUGGUGAGUAUUCUGGGGUGGACCUUGGAAGUGGCCCAUCAUCUGGCCUUCCUGACUUCAGUGGACUUCCAUCUGGGUUCCCAACUGUCUCCCUAGUGGAUACUACAUUGGUGGAAGUUGUCACAGCCACCACAGCAGGUGAACUAGAAGGAAGGGGAACCAUUGACAUCAGCGGUGCUGGAGAAACAUCUGGGCUGCCCUUCAGUGAGUUGGACAUUAGUGGAGGAGCAAGCGGACUCUCUUCAGGAGCUGAACUCAGUGGCCAAGCAUCCGGGUCACCUGACAUCAGUGGGGAAACCUCUGGACUCUUUGGUGUCAGUGGACAGCCCUCAGGGUUUCCUGACAUUAGUGGGGAAACUUCCGGGAUUCUUGAGAUCAGUGGGCAGCCAUCAGGGUUUUCUGGAGAAAUAUCUGGCAUGACUGAGCUUAGUGGACUGCCCUCUGGACAACCAGAAAUCAGUGGAGAAGCUUCUGGAAUUCUUUCUGGCCUUGGUCCACCAUUUGGCAUAACUGACCUGAGUGGAGAAGCACCUGGGAUCCCUGAUCUCAGUGGGCAACCAUCGGGUUUGCCAGAGUUCAGUGGGACAACAUCUGGGAUCCCUGACCUGGUUUCCAGUGCCAUCAGUGGCAGUGGUGAAUCUUCUGGCAUUACGUUCGUGGACACCAGUUUGGUUGAAGUGACCCCAACGACAUUUAAAGAAGAAGAAGGCUUAGGAUCUGUGGAACUCAGUGGCCUCCCUUCAGGAGAGGCAGAUCUCUCAGGCACAUCUGGGCUAGUGGAUGUCAGUGGACUGUCUUCUGGAGCAAUUGACUCCAGUGGGUUUACAUCCCAGCCUCCAGAAUUCAGUGGCCUGCCAAGUGGAGUAACUGAGGUCAGUGGAGAAGCCUCCAGAGCUGAGAGUGGGAGCAGCCUGCCCUCCGGAGCAUAUGACAGCAGUGGACUUCCGUCUGGUUUCCCCACUGUCUCUUUUGUAGACAGGACUUUGGUGGAAUCUGUAACCCAGGCUCCAACUGCCCAAGAAGCAGGAGAAGGGCCUUCAGGCAUUCUGGAACUUAGUGGUGCCCCUUCUGGAGCACCAGACAUGUCUGGAGACCAUUUGGGAUCUUUGGACCAAAGUGGGCUUCAGUCUGGGCUAGUGGAGCCCAGUAGGGAGCCUGCAAGUACUCCAUAUUUUAGUGGGGACUUUUCUGGCACCACUGAUGUAAGUGGGGAAUCCUCUGCAGCCACGAGCACCAGUGGGGAGGCCUCCGGACUUCCAGAAGUUACGUUAAUCACAUCUGAGUUGGUGGAGGGUGUUACUGAACCAACCGUUUCCCAGGAACUGGGCCAGAGACCCCCCGUAACAUACACCCCCCAGCUUUUUGAAACCAGUGGUGAAGCCUCUGCAUCUGGGGAUGUGCCAAGGUUCCCUGGAUCUGGGAUAGAAGCAUCAUCAGUCCCAGAAUCCAGCGGUGAGAUGUCGGCCUAUCCCGAGGCUGAGGUGGGAGCGUCUGCUGCCCCCGAGGCAAGCGGAGGAGCUUCCGGGUCCCCUGACCUGAGUGAAACCACCUCCACCUUCCAUGAAGCUGAUCUGGAGGGAACCUCAGGCCUGGGAGCAAGCGGCAGCCCCUCAGCCUUUCCGCAAGGCCCCACGGAGGGCUUGGCCACCCCGGAAGUGAGUGGAGAGUCAACCACCACCUUUGACGUGAGCAUAGAGGCAUCAGGCUCACCUUCCACCACUCCCCUGGCUUCUGGAGACAAGACUGACACCAGCGGAGACCUGUCUGGCCACACCUCAGGGCUGGAUAUUGUCAUCAGCACCACCAUCCCAGAAUCCGAGUGGACUCAGCAAACCCAGCGCCCUGCAGAGGCACGUCUAGAAAUCGAAUCCUCAAGCCCCGUGCACUCAGGAGAAGAGAGCCAAACAGCUGACACAGCCACCUCCCCAACUGAUGCUUCUAUCCCAACCUCUGCAGGAGGGACAGAUGAUUCAGAGGCAACCACAACAGACAUUGACGAGUGCCUCUCAAGCCCUUGUCUGAAUGGAGCCACCUGCGUGGAUGCCAUCGACUCUUUCACAUGCUUAUGCCUUCCCAGCUACCAAGGGGACGUGUGUGAGAUUGACCAGAAGCUGUGCGAGGAGGGCUGGACCAAGUUCCAGGGCCACUGUUACCGCCACUUCCCCGACCGGGCAACCUGGGUGGACGCCGAGAGCCAGUGCCGGAAGCAGCAGUCACACCUCAGCAGCAUCGUCACCCCCGAGGAGCAGGAGUUUGUCAACAACAAUGCCCAGGACUACCAGUGGAUCGGCCUGAAUGACAAGACCAUCGAAGGGGACUUCCGCUGGUCAGAUGGACACACCUUGCAAUUUGAGAACUGGCGCCCCAACCAGCCUGACAACUUCUUUGCCACUGGGGAGGACUGCGUGGUGAUGAUCUGGCAUGAGAAGGGCGAGUGGAACGAUGUCCCAUGCAAUUACCAGCUGCCCUUCACCUGUAAAAAGGGCACAGUGGCCUGCGGAGAGCCCCCCGUGGUGGAGCACGCCAGAAUCUUCGGACAGAAGAAGGACCGGUACGAGAUCAAUGCCCUGGUGCGGUACCAGUGCACCGAGGGCUUCAUCCAGCGCCACGUGCCCACCAUCCGGUGCCAGCCCAGCGGGCACUGGGAGGAGCCUCGGAUCACCUGCACGGACCCCACCACCUACAAGCGCAGACUACAGAAGCGGAGCUCACGGACCCUAAGGAGGAGCCGCCCCAGCACGGCCCACUGAGAGGAGCUUCCCGGACAUGCCCAGGAUGCUGAGCCCAGAAGCCUGGCCAGGCUGACACCCCAUCCAGAUGGUGUCCUCUCCUUGUCGCUUUCUGUCAUAUAAGGAAUUCCAUUAAAGAAGAAAAAAAAAUAAACCCCACAUUGUGUAUGCACCCGCCCACCCCACCCCCAAAUCGCCAAAUCUGCAUCUAAUUUUCCCCCCAAAUGCCAAAGCAAAGCAAACGUAUGGUAACCCGUGGACUGGAGUUUAGAGACGUUCCUUCCGUCUCCCGCUGUGCCUUUCCAGGGACCAGCACAGGACAGGGGGAGAAGGGAAGGGGUUAAGUUAAAUAAAGAAGAUUAUUUUUUGUUUCCUGACUUUAUCCAAGAGCAGUGCAAUCGUUGGUUCUUUCACCUCCAGGGAGAGCUAGGGAGGAGGGAGGAGGGGCAGAGAGACCCGAGGGCUGAAGAACUCUGGAACCGCAGCUGAAUGUAUUGGAUAAGAUGGAGUUCAUCUGUGUCGGGGAGAAGCCCAGGGGAGAGGGGGAGGCUUCCAGCCCACUGAGAGAGCAAGCCAUCAAGGGAUCUUCGAAGCAUGGGGGUUGGGUUCCCUCCAAGGGUCCCUCCUCUAGAGCCCUCUCACCUGGGCCUGCCACCCGAGCAGGUGUCCCUCCCGGCAGGGCUGGGCCGGGGGGCACCCCCUUCCCGGUGGGGGUGUCGCCCACCCCCCCCCACCUCUCCCCACCCCCGGGACCGUGCAGGCACCAGGGUUCCGUGCACCUAUUUAUAUUUUUGAAAAGUAAAGAUUAUGAUAAUUAUAAUAAUAAAGACAUUGGAAGAGA